GACGCGGCGGAAGCUCGUCAGCUCUGUCCAUGUGAUUUAUAUACACAGUGUUUGUGCAGAGCAGAGCUGUGCUACACCGGCUAAAACAACUGGAAAUGUCCAACGGCCAAGUGUUUAGAGCUUUUGUGAAGGAGCGGCUGAGCGCGGCUGUAGAGGACAUAUGUGCGCACUUUGAGAGCACCAUAGCGGACUAUGAGGAGGAAGUGCGCCGCUCCAAACACGAGAACCAGAGGCUCCAGCGGCUCUUGGACUCGGCUCUGAGUCCAAGAGUCGUGCCCGUUACAGCCGCUGUCCAGCUCCCCUCUCUGAGUCCUGGUCUGACUCCACACAUUAAAGAAGAACCCAACAUCAAACAGGAGGAAGAGCAGCUGCAAGUGUCUGUCAGAUCUGAAGCAUGGUCACAAACAGGUCUGUCUAUGAGCGUGAAGACAGAAGAGUCCUCUGAGCACAGAGAGGACACACAAGGAGAGGACAUCGAGGCAGAGACAUGCGUCCACAGAGAGGACAUCAAAGCAGAGACAUUCAUCCACAGAGAGGACAUCAAAGCAGAGACACAUGUCCACUCAGAGACUGAGGGAGACACAGAUCACUCUUCUGACACUGACGGUGAUGAAGACUGGAGAGCUCCAGUCAACUGUUCACCUGCACACAUGGAUACAGGAGCUGAUGAAGACGAGUGUGCACCAGAGACCAGAGCCACUGUGAACAAUGGAGACAUGGCAGGAACUGGCGAAGGAGCUGAGAGCAGUAAACACAAGUGUUCCAUUUGUAAAGAGAUAUUUGUCUCUAAAUAUAAACUACAAAGCCACAGGAGAGUUCACACGGGAGAGGAACCACUGAGCUGCUCGGUCUGUAAGAAAGAGUUUCCUGUAAUUUCUCAUCUGAAAAGACAUAUGAGGACACACACAGGGGAGAAACCAUUCAGCUGUUCAGUCUGUAAGAAAGAGUUUGGUGAAAGAGGCAGUCUCAACACACACAUGAGGACACACACAGGGGAGAAACCAUUCAGCUGCUCAGUCUGUAAGAAAGAGUUUUCUCUAGGCUCUACUCUCAAAACACAUAUGAGGACGCACACAGGAGAGAAACCAUUCAGUUGUUCAGUCUGCAAGAAGCUGUUUUCUGUAAACUCGCAUCUCAAAACGCAUAUGAGGAUACACACAGGGGAGAAACCAUUCAAGUGUUCAGUCUGUAAGAACGUGUUUACUGCAAGAUCUUCUCUCAGAACACAUAUGAUGACACACAGAGAAGAAAUCAUUCAGCUGUUCACUAUGUAAGAAAGUGUUUAUGUAAAAGUGUAGUCUCAAAAGACGAGGAUACAUACAAGGGAGAAACCAUUCAGCCUGUAAGAAAACAUUUGCAAGGAAGCAUCUCACCUCACAUGAGAAAAAACUCAGGGAGAGAGAGACCUUACAGCUGAUCAGCCUGUAAAAACACGUUUUCUGUCAGGACUUCUCUACAUAUGGAAGAAAGCCAAAAAAAAACCAAAACAAACAAACAAAAAAAAUCCAUUAAUCUGUAUACCUUUUUCUUUGCACUAGCGAGGAUAUUAUUGAUAUUUUUCUGUACUAUGAUUAGAUUUGAGCUGUAAAGGGUUGGAUAAAUCACGUAUAUGGCUCAUUGUAGAUUAAAGCUAAUUACUAAAGUGAUUAGUUCUGCUUUUUAUUUAUUGCAGUUUGUGUUUUGUGUUAUAUAACUAUAUUGUACAUUUGGAAUAGUCUUUGGUUUGGCCUGCGCUGGCUCUUUAAUUAAAACAGGAAGUUGCUCCUAAAGGUCAUGUGUGAUAGUGCACGCAGAAAAGCUGAAAAAGCUCUGCUGGCUCAUGUGUUAUUAUCUUGUAAUGAGUUCAUGGAAGUUAUACCCUGUAAGUACGUUAUAAAUAAGUAAUGUAAUUUAAAGGUGUUCAUGAAUAUGUUUGUUCGUUGUUAUACCCACAGAUAAACAAAACAACUAAUAAAUCUUGUGUCAACAUUA